AUGUCUUCUCUCACCUUCUCCUCCUCCUCUCUCUCCUCCCUCCUCCCCCUUGCUGGGGCUCUGAUGCCCGUCGCCCUCCUGGCCGGUCUCCUUUGGGUGACUGCGACCAAGCUGGACGCGGGCGCCUCGCACUCGAAGCGUAAGCAGACAGUGCCUGGUGCUUGGGACAGCGAUGAUGAUGAGCAUCUCCUUUUCUCUUCUCCUCCCCCUUCUCGCAGUCCCUCAGUCUCCCGCACCCUCUCCUCCUCCUUCUCCUCCCUCUUCCCCUUCUCCAAGCCUCGCUCCAUCUCCUCCACCUCCCUUGUUGUCUCCUGUUCCGCUCCCCACCCUCCCUCUCUCUUCCCUGCCUCCCUUCCCCCUCAGAAGCGGCCCAGCGCUCGUGCUUCGUCAACUGGUGUAUCCCAGACGAGCACAUUCUCGAAGGCAGACUCACACUUGACAAUUUCACAGUCUAGGUCUUCUCUUCUUCGCGACGAGGCAGUCAGCAAGGCAUCGAGACGGGGUCUGUCGACCUUCAAGGCUGUUGACAACGUCUUGUACGGAAGAUGGCCUCUUUCUCAUGCCAUCGAUCAGUCGGCAAAAGCCCUGGCAGCCCCAGGCCGGAAGAACUUCCCAACGUCGACUCGCCCCCUAGCCGACGACGAUGCUGUCGCCUCGCUCGCUCUCGCCCUCAAGUCCCUGUCUUUGUCCAGCCCCGAGAAGAAUGAAGUGUCCUACAAGAAGCCCGCUGAGGAAGCUAAGUUCAUCAAGGUCAAGACGGAAGUCAACACGGUUGCUCUCAUUGAGAAUCCAGCUGGGACGACUCUCAUCCAGCCUGAGCCUGCACCCUCUGCUCUCGUUGCACCUACCUUCUUGGCUGCCAAGUUGAGAUAUGACGGCUUUCGCUGUGGUCUUGCACCACUCGCUGCAUUUUCUCGGCUUUUCCAACCCGCCCAGCCUGUCCAACCGGAGCCUCCUGUCCUCAUUCCCUCACCUCCUGUCGUCCUGGACACUUCACCUAUGGAGUGGACAAAUGACGGUCCCCAGUCUUCCCAGCUGACAAGUGAUGUCUCUGAGCCUCUAUCUUUGAGCACAGUGAUGCACUUGGAUACGAAACCUUCUGUUUCAACCCCGAAGCCAACAAUAACCGGCAUUGUCCAAAACGCUGUUCAGACUAUCCAGCAGUUUGUCGCCCCCCAGUUUCAGCCCUCUUUUGCGCCUGUCGACAUUUCAUCCUUGGUUGAAGUGAUGGCACGAUUGAGUCUGAAUGACAAGAAGGAGAUAAGUGUGGCUCAGACUGUUCAGCCCGCUUCCGCACGGCCUCGACAACUCCAGCGAAAGAUCAAGCCACUGCCAUCUUCGACGCAAGCUUCUCGACAAUCUUCUUCGACGGUCCCAGCACGUUCUCCCGCCGAGCAGCUCGAGUGGGAAUCACGCCGCAAAGCACUCACCGUAGAAGUUCAUAAGCGUCGUCUUCAAGCUACGGCUGGCAAGCAGUCAACUUCUUGCUCCUCCUCCUCCCUCUCCUCUUCCUCCUCAUCCUCAUCCUCCUCUUCUGUUCAACCCUCCUCGGUGCCGGCGACAUCUAGCCCAGCCAAGACAGAGAAGAAGAUCGCCAGUACCACACUCCAGACUUCGUCCACUGCAUCCUCCAAGUCUUCUCCCAAGCAUGCAGCCCCUGCGGCCCCAGCAGCCCCACAACGACCUUCUGGCCAACUUUCCCUUCCAGUCACGCGCCCCAGGUCUUUGUUCGCCCCUGUUCGCAAGUCUCCCCCGGUUGCGGCUACCAAGUCAACUUCUUCUUCCUCCUCUGUACAAUCCUCCUCGGCGAAGGCAACAGUCAUCCCGACAAAAGAAGACAAGAAGAAGCAGACUACCACACCCGCCAAGUCCCAGCCUCUUCGUCAGCCUGCUGCUUCUACGCAGGCCUCUGGUCAACCCUCGUCCGCACCGGCGCCAGCCAGUACGGUCAACACAGAAACGAAGAAGCUGGCCAAGAUGGGCACGGUCAAUCCCGCCUUUGCAAGCAUUUUGGACGAUUGUGAGGCUGAAGAGACUGCUGUCAAGGCGAAGGAGAAGUCUACUCCCAAGCCUAAGCCGAAGCCUGAGCCCAUGCCUGAGCCCAAGCCCGAUCCCGAAGAGGACGAGAUGUCCAAUCUGGAUGAUCUGGAGAGUCAGCUAGCUAUGGAGCAGAUGGAGGAAUUGAACAACAAGAAGAAAGUCGUCAAGUUCAAGGGCGAGGGUCGCAAGAUCGCGCCUCUGAAGAAGAGGAAGUAG